AUGACAAGGGAUUUGGAUUUGCUGAUGAGCCACUGGUCAGGUUGUGGGGAGUCUGGAAGGAGGCGGCAAGCCCGGCUGCAGAAGGAGCUCGCAGAAGCAGCAAAGGAACCUCUCCCAGCUGAGCAGGAUGAUGACAUUGAAGUCCUUGUGGAUGAAACCUCCGAUCACGCCGAGGAGGCCUCUCCGGUGCGGGCCGUCAGCAGAGCAGCCGCUAAGCGACUCUCGCAGCCUGCUGGAGGCCUUCUGGAUUCUAUCACUAAUAUCUUUGGUCUGUCCGAGUCUCCCCUAUUGGGACAUCACUCUUCCGAUGCUGCCAGGAGGCGCUCUGUGUCUUCCUUUCCAGUUCCCCAGGAUAACGUGGAUAUUCAUCCUGGCUCUACUAAAGAAGUGCGGGUGCCAACAACUGCGAUGUGUGUCUUCGACGCUCAUGAUGGGGAGGUCAAUGCUGUGCAGUUCAGUCCGGGUUCCCGGCUCCUCGCCACGGGAGGCAUGGAUCGGAGGGUGAAGCUCUGGGAAGUGUUCGGAGACAAAUGUGAGUUCAAGGGUUCCCUGUCCGGCAGUAAUGCAGGAAUUACAAGCAUUGAAUUUGAUAGUGCUGGAUCUUACCUCUUAGCAGCGUCAAAUGAUUUUGCAAGCCGCAUCUGGACUGUGGAUGACUAUCGGUUACGGCAUACACUCACGGGACACAGCGGCAAAGUGCUGUCUGCCAAGUUCCUGCUGGACAAUGCGCGUAUUGUUUCUGGAAGUCACGACCGGACCCUCAAACUCUGGGAUCUACGCAGCAAAGUCUGCAUAAAGACGGUAUUUGCGGGAUCCAGCUGCAAUGAUAUUGUCUGCACAGAGCAGUGUGUGAUGAGUGGACAUUUUGACAAGAAAAUUCGUUUCUGGGACAUCCGAUCAGAGAGUAUUGUCCGAGAGAUGGAGCUCUUGGGAAAGAUUACUGCCCUGGACUUAAACCCAGAAAGAACUGAACUCCUCAGCUGCUCCCGAGAUGACCUGCUAAAAAUUAUUGACCUACGAAUAAAUGCUGUCAGACAGACAUUCAGCGCGCCGGGCUUCAAGUGCGGCUCCGACUGGACGAGAGUUGUGUUCAGCCCUGACGGCAGUUACGUGGCAGCAGGCUCGGCCGAGGGCUCUCUCUACAUCUGGAGCGUGCUCUCUGGGAAAGUGGAGAAGGUCCUUUCAAAGCAUCACAGCUCAGCGAUCAACGCCGUGGCCUGGUCACCUGCCGGCUCCCACGUCGUCAGCGUGGACAAAGGAAGCAAAGCUGUGCUGUGGUCAGAGUACUGAGGGCACCUCGUCAGGAGAGAGCGGAUCAGAAGCUGGAGGGGCAUGCGGGCCCCACGGCUCUGUCCUGGCAGGUGGCGCCUGGGCUGUGGCUUUGACCUCCAGAGAAGAGCCCGAGCCGUGGGGCGCAGUAGCCUGCCUGUGAGCAGAGCUCCCGAGGGUCGUGGCCGAGGUCCCGUGGCCUGAAAGAGUAACACUGAGAGAAACCUGACGCUGCGGUCGCUCAGCAGAGGUUCAGGUUCUUGCCUUGAUUCAAGUGGGAAACACUACUGGCUCUGAUCUUGCAUACCUCAGCGGGGGGAGCGUGGGCACCUGCUGGCUUCGUCCCUGGGCGGUGGUGCCGCAGAUGCCCCCUGCACCGGGUGUUGCUUCUCCCCCUGUGCUUUCUCCCGUCCUCCAAAGUGGGUUCUGGCCUGAUGAAUGUCCUGUCACCUUGGGGUCGUUUUCCCAGGGAACUUGCUUUAAUCAUGCAUUAACACAAACCCAGAUGGGAUUACCCCUGCCCUCAGGUAGCCCACAGGGACGGUGGGACUGUGGUCCCCCCGCUGGUCUGUGUCUUUAUUACGAGGCUCUUACUCUGAUCUCACCUGAUCACUGUUGGAAUUCCCUUAGGUCUCCUAAACUGUUCUUAGAAAGCAACUGUUCUUCAAAACGCCUUCCUCCCGCCCCCCCAAUUCUACAUAUCUAUCUCUUGGUCAAGAAGUAAAUCUCAAUUUGGUUUAAAAACAAAAAAAAAAAUUGGCGGUGGGUAGAAGAAGUGCACAACCCUUUUUCCAGAGAAGCGGGUGAGCUGCAGGAAUAGACUGUAUUCCCGGAUCAUCUGUAGCUUCUCAGAAGGUGGGCCGCCCCCUUCCUCCCGGCUGUGCUGGGGUUACAGUUGCUGGUGGUGUGGGACUGGAGGCCUCCAGUGUGUUAUUACCCUGGAGCCAGUAGUUCCAGGUCGCUGCCCCUUCGCCAAGCCUAUGUGCAAUACCCGCUCGGUGCUUUAGUGCAGGAAGCCCAUUCCAGGAAGCGUGGGAAUGCCGUCUUUCGAUUUCGGGACUUGCGAGCAAGGCCGGGAAGAAACUAGCCUGUGCAUUUUUUUUUUUUUUUAAACGCUUGUCUUUACCAUCUUACUCGUUUAUAAAAUUCUAGUUCCUUGAAUGACUGAAACACCAAUAUUUUUAUCACUUACUCAUUCGCACUUUAAUUUUCUUCCUUCCAGACUUGCUCUCUGGACAUGUGUGGAGCGGGGCUCACGCAGGGCGAGGACGGGCUGCGCGCUCCCUCUCAUGCUGCUGGCGGCUCCGUUCUCCCCUUUCCCUGCCCUCGCCUCCCCUUUGCAGUUUGCUGUUCAGAGAGCUCGUGCUGAGGGGAGUUGAAAUUCACAGGCCAGGGCAUGUCUUUUAUUUAUUUAAUUAUGUUGCCCAACAGAACUUGAUUGUAAAUAAAAAAGAAAUCUGUUAUGUACUUUUCACACUC